AUGGCCCAGGAGCGGGGCGACUUGGAGUUCAAUUCCGGCCGUGACAGUAUGCCCAAUGACAGCUCUAGAAGGAGGAGACUGAAGGAGGUCGCCCACUUCACGAUCACGUCGUCCACAUUCUCAAUAGCACAAGAACGAGAUUACAAUGUUAGUAGUGAGAGUCUUCCAUUAUCAUCUUCCCAUCCUCAAAUCCUUCUCCAGGUCAAUAGACCUUCGUCACCUUGA